CACUUCACACACGACAUAGCUAGUAGCUACAGACCUCUCUCUCUCUCUCUCUCUCUCUCUCUCUUCCCCCCCAAUUAUAUUCCUUUUUCUUCCUCUAAGCUCACUCCUUGGAAAAAUCAGCUUCAACCCAAUACUUCAACAAGAUGCAUCUCUCUCUCUCUCUCUCUCUCUCUCCGUUCUUACACCUUCUUGAUUCUUGAAUCUGCUACCUCUUCCUCCAUGAUUUGAUGCUUCAUCCCAGCUCAUCCCAUUGGUCUCUGAAUCUCCGACAAUGGAUGGUGGGGUGGUGGGCAUGGAGAGUUUUAGUUUUGAGCCGGGUCAGUUCUCGGCCUUUGAGGCCAAAUCCAAGGGCUUUGGAUCUGAGCCGCCCGAGGAGCAGCAAUGGAGGGCCACCAAAGUCCUCAGAGCAGAUGAUGGCCUCUCUGUCACUAAAUCAACAACCCCAUUGCACCACGGGACCCCUUUGAUGAGAUCUGAGCGUAUGCUCAGCUUCGCCUCUCUCAGACCAGAAGUCACCCUCCUCACAAAAGAUGCUGCUGGUUAUGGUUCAUUUGCUGGGUUUAGAGGACCGUUCUCUCCAUCUCAGUGGAUUGAGCUUGAGCAUCAGGCCUUAAUCUAUAAAUACCUCAACGCCAAUAUUCCUGUUCCGUCUAAUCUGCUCAUUCCUCUCAGGAGAUCCUUCAAUCCUUACGGUCCAUCGGGCUCAUCUGCUGGGUCCUUGCAUCCGAAUUCAUUAGGAUGGGGUUCUUUCCAUCUUGGUUCCUCUGGCAGCACUGAUCCUGAUGUUGGGCGGUGCCGCCGGACCGAUGGGAAGAAGUGGCGGUGUACUCGAGAAGCUGUUGCCGAUCAGAAGUACUGUGACAAGCACAUAAAUAGGGGCCGCCACCGUUCAAGAAAGCCUGUGGAAGGCCAAAUUACUGGCCAUGCCGCCGCCGCCUCUGGGCCUGCCAACCCAAAGAUGGUCUCGGUGGCCUCAUCGAGUUCUGCUUUGGUUGUUGGUCCAACUGGCGGCGGAUUGAACAAUGUCUUCCCUCCUAGGCAAAACGAAUUUGACAGAAUGCUGGAUCCGCGCGCCCAUAAUCUCUCAGUCAAAUCCUCCACAGUCAGUCUAAAAUCGGACGAGCAAACUGCCUUCACUCUUCUUCCGGACCAAGAGAUCCCAGUCGAAGACUCUAUGCAGACUGAAUUUGGGCUCGUGUCUUCAAGCUCCCUCAUAAAUCCAUCACAGACUAAAAGCUAUGUCUCAUUUCUCGACUUCGCUGACCCGGAUGCAUCCAAUCAUCAGCAACCACUCCACCAGUUCGUUGACAACUGGCCGAAGGCCCAAUUGGACAGCCCGAUCAUCACCUGGCCUGAGGAUCUGAAAUCUGAUUGGACACAACUCUCAAUGUCGAUCCCCAUGGCGUCAUCUGACAUUUCUUCCUCGUCAUCCUCACCUCUCAGGCUAUCUCAUGAGCUGGAUCCAGUUCAGGUGGGCUUAGGGAAAAGCAGUGACUUGCUGGGGACCAAAUCCCUUAAGCAGAGUAGUUGUGCUCCCAACUCUUGGGGGUCUCCGCUGGGUGGUCCUCUAGGGGAAGUCCUGAUCAACACUUCAAUAGGCUCCUCCCCUACUGGAGUGCUGCAGCAGAAUGCUAGUUUCGGGUCACUGUCAAAUAGCAGCUCAGCAAGUAGCCCAAUAGCUCAGAACACAAUGGUUCACGAGAGUCUUAGCUUCUGCGAUGAUGUGUUUUGUCCAACUAUCGCAGCUAUUCCUUCGACGUAGGAGAGUGGCGAGGAGGAAGGCCGAUGCUCGUGGGGUAGUUGCGGGAGAAGACUUGGGACAAACUUUGUUGUAACUAUGAUAUCAUCUGUUUUUAAUUUCAAUUCAAAACUUUGCAUUCGAACUUAUUAGCUAACCAUCUUUGACGCUUUCAUAAUUCUGUCCAUCAGCUGGUGGUCAGUAAGCUUUUGAUGAACUUUGAGUCAGCUGAAUAUAUACUCAUUGGUUCCUCUGCGAUGCA